GAAGAAGUAAUGGCCUCCCUCCAGAGGGCGGCAGCACUGCGACGUCACGGACACCGACUGGUGUGAAGCACAAAGAAGCAGAAGGCUGAAAGGAGGAAGAAAACAGAAGUUCUCACUGUUAAGUGUCUCGUGACCCAGGAGCGUGGACAUCAGAGAUGACCAGUCUGGGCCUGGCAGAGAGAAGGAUGUCUGCUCCGCUGCUGCUGCUGUGGAUGCUGACCGGCGUCUGUGAUUCCAAAGUGUAUCUGAUGGCUCCUCACACUGUGACACUGGAGGAGAACUCUGAGGCCAACGUCUCCAUUGCACCCAGUUCCCCUCUCAACCGGUCGGCUGUGAUUCACUUCAACGUGACAUUCAGCUCCAAGUCAAACUGGUCGUCUAUAAUCACCUUUCCUGACCAGGUGCUGCUGCCAGCGGCCGCAGCGUCUGUCCGGUUCAAUGUGACGGCCCAUGGCGUCGGUCAGGUGACCACGUACCUGCUCAGCAACAACACAGACCUCAACAGUUUGACCUUCAGGAUCCACUUCAUGGUCGUCCAUAGCAACGUCCUGUUAGUGAUCAGCGAGGUGAUUGGCUGGAUUUACUUUCUGGCCUGGUCAGUGUCCUUCUAUCCACAAGUCUGGGAAAACUUCAGGAGAAAGAGUGUUGUAGGUCUCAACUUUGACUACCUGGCUCUCAACCUGACUGGCUUCAUUGCCUACAGCGUGUUCAAUGUAGGACUGUUCUGGGUGCCCUACAUCAAGGAGGAGUUCCUGAAGAACAACCUGAGUGGGAUUAACCCCGUCAGCGCCAACGAUGUCUUCUUCAGCCUCCAUGCGCUCCUGCUCUGUUUGGUCUACAUCUGCCAGGCGGCUGUGUACGAGAGGGGGGGUCAAAAGGUCUCCUGUACGGCCAAGGUCCUGUUGGUGAUUGGAUGGACCUUUGCUGUAGUCAGCGUGUGUGUGGCUGCAGCCAAACAGAUCACCUGGUUGGAAUACCUCUACUAUUUCUCCUACCUUAAGCUGGCAGUCACACUGAUCAAGUAUGUGCCGCAGGCGUACAUGAACUACAGGAAACAGAGCACUGAAGGCUGGAGCAUAGGCAACGUGCUGCUGGACUUCACCGGGGGCGUCCUCAGCAUUCUGCAGAUGAUCUUACAGUCUCACAACAAUGAUGAGUGGAAGCUGGUAUUCGGAGAUCCUACCAAGUUCGGCCUGGGUCUGUUCUCUGUGGUGUUCGACCUCCUCUUCAUGACUCAGCACUACUGCCUCUACCGCCAGCCGCCACAGUACCAAGCAGUGGAGGAGCAACAAGAUUCCAGCUAAGGGCUCAGUGUGCAGCCAUCUCCAGUAUGUCACCACAUGGCCAAAGGGAUCAAAUGACAACUGAUAUGAAUUGGAUUUUGAGAGGAGGCAUCAUGUACUCUUCAGUUGUAGGAGCUUGCUACAUAACGCCAGUCCAGGGGGGUUCUGGGUGGGAGGGGAAGGGUUGUACCCACCCCCUCUUAUACAUCAUACCGCAUUAAGUCCACCUGGCAGUCAAGCUAGGGGUGGGCCAUAAUCAUUUUUCAGUGUGCCUUAAUGUGUUAAAAUAUCAAAGGUUACUGUAUUCAGUAUAAUUAUGUCCUUUUAAAACCUUUUUUACCCUUUCAUUAAAUGUACUUUAACUGAUGUGGGAGUGGUCCCCUCGUAUUACUGUAGACAAUAACCCUCUCACAAGGUCAUUAGUUACAUCUUUAUUUCCUAUUUACAACCA